AUGCGUUUCUCUCUUCCUCUUGUGGCGUUCGCCGCUGGAGCGGCUGCUCAGCAGACCUCUGCAAAAGUAGAUUCCAACACUGGUAUCACAUUCCAAGGGAAGACCGAUGCUACUGGUUACUACUUCGGUAUGGCAGUACCGACUACUAUCGGUACAGAUUUCAUCGGACAAAUAAUCGCGCCUAUUACCGAAGGUUAUGCUGGUGUCUCUCUUACUGGGAAGAUGGUGGGCAGUCUCCUGAUCGUAGCAUGGCCCAACGCAGGCGAGGUUGUUGCCUCUUUCCAUGAAACAUCCGGAUACUCGUCCCCGCCUGUAUACACAAAUGCAUCGCUCUCUUUGUCACCAAUCGCCGACGGAACCUAUGUCAACGCCACGCACAUGUCUUACACCUUCUUGUGCGGUGGAUGCAUUAUGGAUAGCCCCCUUAGCUUCGACCGUACGGCCGACAACAUUAUCAUGGGAUGGGCUCUGUGCAGAACCGCCCCUACCAAUCCCGCAUCCGCUGAAUCGGCGACUUUUGUCUACCAUGAUGCCGGAUUUGGUGCCUUUGGUAUGGCUUUGAACAACGCUGCAAGUGCGGACUACGCAACCUGGGCUGCCAUGGCCGCUAGUGGUGCACCUACGGAAUAUGGCAAUACAGCGCCUCCUGCGGGUUCAGACACUCUUGCGACUCCUGAUAGUGCCAACGCCACAUGCCCUGAUACUCCAUCCAUCUCAGAUUCUACCUACGACUACAUUGUUGCUGGAGCUGGGCCGGCCGGCAUCAUUACCGCUCAACGCCUGGCUGAGACCGGAAAGUCUGUUCUCCUUAUCGAGCGUGGGAAAGCUUCGACCUACCAAUCCGGAGGACGUAGCACGGUCGCGUGGAACGAUACGGUGACUCAAUACGAUGUCCCAGCUAUGGCAUACUACUUAACCACUGCCGCGGACAGUUCCGAGUAUUGCACCGAUACCGCUAACAUGGCAGGCUGUUUACUUGGUGGUGGAACGAUGGUUAACGCCUUGAUGUUCGUUCGACCUCAACCUGCCGACUUUAACGAUAAGUGGCCUGCUGAAUGGCAGUGGGACUCAGUCAGCGCCAGCGCCGACAGGUUGUAUGAGCGCAACCCCGGUACUACCAUGGCAUCCGAGGACGAGAAGCGGUACGAUCAAGCAGCUGCUACUGUUAUGCAACAAUACUUAAGCGGCAUGGGAUACGAACCCGUCGAUGCCAUCGACUCCCCAGAGCGCAAGACCGCAAUCUACAGCUACCCACCAUGGGAUAUCCAAGGAGGUCGCCGAGCUGGACCGGUCAAGUCUUACCUCCCUCUCGCUAAGGCUCUUAGCAACUUCGAGUUGAUUCUCGAGACGAAAGUCGUUCGUGUUGUUCGUAACGGAUCUACUGCGACGGGUGUCGAGGUCGAAGACUCUACUGGAGCCCGCCAAAUCAUCAACCUGAAUGAAGGAGGAAGCGUUAUACUCUCUUCCGGAUCUAUGUCUUCCCCACGUAUUCUCUACAACUCUGGCAUCGGUCCGGCUGAUCAGCUCACCACCGUCCAAGGCGGAUCUGCCUGUGUGACUCUCCCAGAGGAAGCUGACUGGAUCGACCUCCCAGUCGGACAGAACUUGAAGGAUCACCCGAUGUUCACUCUGGACUUCAACACUAGUGCUGUCGAAGACACCCUGAUUGCCAAGGACUUCACUUCCCCAUCCCAAACCAAUAUCGAGCUGUUCGCUCAAGAGGUCGGUCCACUUGUCCAGGGCGGCCAACGUCUCAAUUUCUGGACCAGCAAGAACACCACGUCAGGCACCAAGUACUUCCAAGGUACCUCCUUCGCGAACAGGGCCGACGGCGUCAGGGUAAGGCUUUACAUGACCCACGGCGCAACCUCUGUCGGGGCUCUGGGCAUCAACGCCCAGGGAGCGACCAUCUUCACGACCGACCCCUGGAUGAACACCGAAGACGACCAAAGCGCCAUGGCGGAGAUGAUCGACGAACUCCUCGCCGGUGCCCGCGCGGGCACCCUCUUGACGCCAGCCGACCCCGACGUUACCGGCGCCUCCUUGGUCGCGGACAAGGCGUACGUCACGGGAUCUCACUUCGUCGGCACCGCCAUGAUGGGCGAGACGAACGACGGAUCGUCAGUCGUCGACACCUGUGGAAGGGUCUGGGGAACGGACAACAUCUACGUCGUCGAUGCCUCGAUCCACCCCGACCUUCCCACCGGCAACACCCAGGCCAUGGUCAUGGUCGUCGCCGAGCACAUCGUGGCCAAGAUCAUCGAUGUCAGCUCGGGCGGCGGGGGUCAGAAUUCCACAACUCCCUUUGUCCCUGAUUCGAAUCCCAGCUACCCUCCCGUGGUACCCGAGUCGGACCCCUACUAUCAUACCACUCCCGAUCUACUUGACACGGAGCCCAAGAAUCCCGACGCGGUGAAUACGAACCUCAGCAAGCCCCAGACUCCCGAAUCUGAUAAGAAGGGCAACAAGCCCCAAACUCCCGAAUCUGAUAAGAAAGGCAACAAGCCCCAAACUCCCGAAUCCGAUAAGAAAGGCGACAAGCCCAAGACCCCCGAAUCCGACAAGAAAGGCAACAAGCCCAAGACCCCCGAAUCCGACAAGAAAGGCAAGAAGACCAAAACUCCCGAAUCCGAUAAGAAAAGCAACAAGCUCAAAACCUCCACCCUACCUGAUAAGAAAUACAGCAACACAGAGAGCCUCACCGACCUCACCGAGAAGAAAUACACUAACCCCACCAAACCCACCAAGGAAGAAGAAGAAGAAGAAGACUGUUAA